AGGGGGGAGGGGCGGUGGUGUUAUGCUAUGUUUAACGUGUAUAAGAGAGCUCUUACGUUAUGGUCUUUUUUUUGUGUUCCAUUUCUUUGGCUGGGGUUGUUCCACUUCGUUCGUCUGCUCUUUCUAUUUCUUUGUAUUUCAAUUUGCUCUCGUCUUGAUUUGUUUUUUUAACUGGCGCAUAUAUUCCCGGCUGUCUUACAAGGGGCGUAGCGAUGUAUUUUUUCUUCUUCUUCAUUCCUGCUGUGUUUUUCGGCUCUGCUUUUCUUUUCUUUUUUUUUUGGCAUUUUCAUUUCUACUCUAUACACUAUACAUAAGAGAUGGAGAACUUAUAUUGCAUUACUGGGUGAUGGAUUCUGAUGAUUUUCGCAAAAAAAAGCUUUGACCUGGCUUUUGUCCCCCG